CUUAUUCUAAUUCCUAUCAUUUAUAGCUCUGCCAUGCAAACCCAGUGUAAGUCGAUAUGACAAAGCGUGAAAUGAAAGUGGUAAGAACGUCCUGUGAUUCCCGAGAGCGUAUGACAAAAUUGUACAUUGCAUGUCAGGUCUAUCCUAUACCUCGUCUGUAAUAUCACUGAAACCAAUAGUUUCCUUUUACGUAGUUGGUAGACUUGCGAAGCUAAUAACAUAUAUUGCUCAGUUCACUCAGUCUUUACUAUAAAAAUUCGGCCUGCCAAAACGUGCUAAUAGGUAUCAAGAUGCAGGUUCCACCAAUUUUUAUGGAAUUACCCCUAGAAGAUCAGGCGCAAGAGCUACGGGUGUAUUUCAAAAGCUUAGGUGCUGAAAUCAGUGAAGAAAAAUCUCCCAAAGGUAUUGAAGAUGAUUUACACAAAAUUAUUGGUGUAUGCGAAGCUUGCUUUAAGGAGGGAAACGAAACUGAAAUAGAAACUGUUUUGAAUGACAUUGUAUCUAUUAUGAUAGUAAUUCCUACAGAACGAGCAGAAAAUUUAAUAUUAGCAUUUUGUGAAAAAUUAACGAAAGCACCUGGUCAUAAACUUGGUUUAGUAUGUUUAAAAGCAUUAUGGCUAUUAUUUCAAUCUCUUCCUGAUGAAUCUCCAAUGAGGUAUCAUGUUUAUUAUCAUAUAGUUCAAAUUGCUCGUAAUGUUGAUCAAGUAAAAGCAGUAUAUGGUGGAAUUCAGCAGUUAAAGCAACAAUUUGCAUCUUUUCCACCAUCUAAUGAGCAAAUGCAAAAAUUACUUAGAUUAUUACAUGAAGUACUUUUAAGGUGCAAACAGGGAGAACAGGCUGCUGCAGUUAUGGUAGAACUUUUAGGCACCUAUACAGCAGAAAAUGCAUCUGCAGCUAGAGAAGAUGCACAACGUUGUAUUUUAGCUGCAUUAGCUGAUCCCAAUUCAUUUUUACUUGAUCCACUAUUAGCAUUGAAACCUGUAAAAUUUUUAGAAGGAGAACUCAUUCAUGACUUACUUCUUGUAUUUGUGAAAGAUAAAUUACCUGGAUAUUUACAUUUUUAUCAACACCACAAGGACUUUGUAGAGCAUCAUCUUGGAUUAAAUCAUGAACAAAAUAUGAAGAAAAUGAGAUUAUUAACAUUUAUGCAACUGGCAGAAACAAAUCCUGAAAUGUCUUUUGAUACAAUUCAAGAGGAAUUACAAAUUAAUGAAGACGAAGUAGAAAGUUUCAUUAUUGAUGUAUUGAAAACGAAACUUGUUAGAGCGCGUAUGGAUCAAGCCGGUCGUAAAGUACUUAUUUCAAGUACUAUGCAUAGAACAUUUGGUCGACCACAAUGGAUGCAGUUGCGAGAUUUACUUGCAGCCUGGAAAUCAAAUUUAACUGCUGUGCAAGAGGGUAUGAAAACUGUAGCUGGUGCACAAAUGGAACUUGCUACAAAAAAUAAACCUGUAAUAAACCAUUGAUACCUUCACAUCUUUCACUGUAUAUGAAAUUUAUGAAUAACAUAUACACAUAUUAAUUGGAAACUAAAAUUAAUUUUUCUAAUUAAUUCAGAAUUUUAAUUGAAUAAAUAAAUAUAUCGUGUAACUACAGUAUUAUGUUUGUAAUUA